AUGACAAAGUUUUAUUCGAAAAGGCUACUAUUAAAAUUAUUACUACUAUCAACUAUAAUUUGUACUAUUUUUAUAUCAAUAAAAUCAAUACUAGUACGACCUACAAUAAAACAAUAUCAAAAACAACUAAAUGAACAAAUAAAAUUUAAAUACAAUGAAAUUUAUUACAAUUUUCUAGAAACUAAUUAUGAUCUAAAUAAUGAUAUCAAAUUUAAUGAAAAAAUUAACAACAUUUUAAAUUUUUUAUUUUCAAAAGAUGAUGAAAAUAAAUAUUGGGAUUUAAAUCCAUAUUUAAUUAAAAAUUUACCUUUAAAAAUAAAUAUCCCAGAUUAUUAUUUUGAUGAAUCUAUACUAAAACCAAAAAUACAAGAAUUUGAUCCAAGUUUUACUAUUGGAAUGUAUUAUCAUUAUAUUAUAAAUUCAAAUAUGCAAAAUUUAAAUGAUUUAUCAGUACCUUUCCAUUGGUCUGAUUGGGUUGAUUUAACAAGUUUAAAUAAAUUUAUCUUCCCACCAAGUAAUAAUAUAAAUUUUGAUGAUACUAAAAUACAGCAUAGCAUAAAUCAAUGUUCAAAACUUUUUAAUAUCUCAUCAAAUGAAACUAUAAUAAAAGGUUCACAAAUUAAAAAUAUAGAUGAAUAUUGUAAAUAUGAUCCGUUCACAUUAAUCGGUUACGAAAUUUUUAGCGAACCAGGGCAACAAAGUAUAGAAAAUAGAAAAUUAAUCGGGAAAUCAUAUUUAUUACAAAAUGCUCCAUCACCAAAUAAAUUAAUAUUUUUAACAAGUAAUAAUUCUUAUCAAAUUAAUAUAGAUGAAAACGAGGAAAAUGACAUAUCUAACGCUUUAUUGAGAAACGAAAUGGUUGAAUUAUCAGAGUUAAAAUCAAUAGAUUUAUUAAAUUCAUAUUCAAAAUUGUUAUUAAUACCUCCAACUCCAUCAAUUUAUGAACCAUUACAAGAUCAAUUAAUACAUAUACCAGAAUCAAAUUUUAAUAUAGACCCAAAUGAAGUGAUCAGUAACUUAUUGAAUCAAGAACAUAAAACCGCAAUGGAUAAACAAUUUUUACAAUCACUUCAAUUUAGUUAUAAUCAUCAAGAUCCACCCAAAUAUUUCUAUGAGGCAAGUUUAUUAAAAUCAAUACCUGAUUCAUGGCAAGGUGAACAUUAUGAUUGGAGAUUUUUCAAUGGUAUAACUUUAGGUAAUGAUGAACAAGCAAUUAUUUUACAUAGAUUGAUUAAAAAUUAUUUGAAUUUUGCUAGAAAUCAUGGUAUUGUUACUUGGAUAGCUCAUGGAUCUUUAUUGAGUUGGUAUUGGAAUGGGAUGGCCUUUCCAUGGGAUACUGAUAUUGAUGUACAAGUUCCAAUUGCUGAUUUAUAUAAAUUAGGUCAAUAUUAUAAUCAAACUAUUAUUGUUGAAAAUGUUGCAGAUCAUAAUGGAGAAUUUGAUGGUAUGGGUAGAUAUUUCAUGGAUGUUGGAUCAUCAAUAACUCAUAGAACUAAAGGAAACGGAAAUAAUGCAAUUGAUGCAAGAUUUAUUGAUUUAGAUACUGGUUUAUACAUUGAUAUAACUGCUUUAGCAUUAACUGAUUCAAAUUCACCAGAAAGAUAUAGAAUACAAACCAACUACAUAGAAGACGAGAAUUCAUCAUCAUCAUCAUCAUCAUCAUCAAAAUCAAUUAAAAAUUUUGGAAAGGUAAAUAAAGAUUUACAAUUAUAUAAUUGCAGAAAUGAACAUUUUGCAUCAUAUAAUGAAAUAUCACCAUUAAGAAAAUCAUUAGUAGAAAAUCAAAUAUCAUAUAUACCUAAAAAUUUUUUAAAUAUGUUGAAUAAUGAAUAUAAUAUGAAUUCAAUAAUUAAAAAAUUUCAUAGAAAUUUUACAUAUUUGAAAAAUUUAAGACUUUGGAUAAAUACAAAAUACAUCAAAAAGUCAAUCGGUAUCAAAACUAUUAAUGAUGAAAAUAUUACUUUCAAAGAAAUGGUUAAAUUGAAUAAAAUAUCAACAAAGCAAAUCGUUAUGGUUUUAAAUGAGUAUCCCAAAUUUUUAAAAGAGUGGUUAAUUACAAAAAAUUUCACAAAUCUACAUAAUAUGGAAUUGAAAAUAUUAAAAAAUAAUAAUUUAGAAAAUUAUGAUCCAAAUAAUGAAGGCAUGAAAAAAAUUAACCAACUAAUUAAUUCAAAUAUAAAUUCAAUUGGUAAAUCUUUAAGACCUGAUUAUUUCAUGGAUAAAUUAAUGAUGAAUAAUAAUGAUGUAUAG